ACCAUCAUCAUCAUUAAUCGGUUGUAAUUGUUCAACUUAUUAUUGUUGUUGUUGUUGUGAUUUAUCAUCAUCACGAUUAUCAACGACAAUUGAUGAUAAUCAACAACAACAUCGUUAUGGAACAUCAGGCUGUCUGUUAUAUACUAACCGGUAUUGCAAUCAUCAUUAUUUGUGGAUGGACAUUUGUUUGGUUUAUGCAUUUUUUGGCAUUAGUUCAUGGCAAAAGAGUAUUACAUAAAAAAAUCGAUACCGAUUCAAUAAAAGAAAUGUCAUUACCAGGCGUGUCCAUUAUAAAGCCUUUAGUUGGUAUUGAUCAAAAUCUUUAUUCCAAUAUGGAAACAUUUUUUCAACUAAAUUAUCCAAAAUUUGAGCUAUUAUUCUGUGUUCAAGAUGAAAAAGAUGCUGCCAUUAUUUGUGUUAAAAAUUUAAUACAAAAAUAUCCACAAAUCGAUGCACGUCUAUUUAUCGGUGGCCUUAAAGUUGGUGUUAAUCCUAAAAUUAAUAAUAUGCAACCAGCAUAUUUAUCAUCGAAAUAUGAACUUAUACUUGUUUCGGAUGCUGGUAUUCGAAUGCAAAAUGAUACAUUAUUAGAUAUGGUAUGUGCCAUGAAAGAAGAUGUUGCACUUGUCCAUCAAAUGCCAUUCGUUUGUGAUCGAAAAGGAUUUCCUGCCGUUCUGGAAAAAGUUUAUUUUGGAACGGCACACGCACGUAUAUACCUCUCAGCCGAUUGUCUAAAUAUCAACUGUCCAACGGGAAUGUCUGCAUUGAUGCGAAAAGAUUUACUUGAAGAAGUUGGAGGUAUUGCCGCAUUUGGCAAUUAUUUAGCCGAAGAUUUUUUCUUUGCAAAAUCAUUCACUGAUAGAGGCUAUAAAUUAAGAAUUAGUACACAGCCAGCAUGGCAAAACUCAUAUACAUCUGAUAUUGAAACGUUCCAGAAGCGUAUUACAAGAUGGGCCAAAUUAAGGAUAGCCAUGAUACCACAUAUGAUAUUGUUGGAACCAUUGUCCGAAUGUUUUGUAUUAGGUGCAAUGGCCUCGUGGGCUAUCAGCUAUUUAAUACAAAUCGAUCCAUUUGCCAUUUAUUUGUUUCAUAUAUUAUUGUGGUUUCUUUUAGAUUAUACGCUUUUAUCAAUCAUUCAAAACUCAUCAUUAUCAUUCAGUAAAAUUGAUUUUGUCAUUGCAUGGCUGUUACGCGAAUCAUUCGCAUUGGUCCUAUUUACAAGAGCUUUAUGGGAACCAGAUAUUAGUUGGCGUACAGGAACAUAUAAAUUAAAAUGGGGUGGUAUUGCCGAAGAAGUCAAACCUAAAUUAUAGCAGCUUAUUAUCUACAAACAAAAAAAAUUUUCCUAUUAUUUCCUUCAAAUCAUUCAUCAGCAAUUGUUUUCAAAUCAAUUUGUAAAUAAAUCAAUCAACGCCUUGCACAUAAAUAAACAUACCCAGUGAUUCA